AUGAUCGGCCUCGGCUACGACCGCUCCGUCCGCUUCAUGGACGGGCCCGACGACCCGCGCCUCCGCCACCCGCACGACUGGUACAGGUUCGGCGCCUUCGGGCCCUACUCCUGGCGCGGUAUCGUCGUGGGGCCGCCCAUCCGCGGCCGCUUCUCCGACGACCGCGUCUCCCUCAUGUCCGAGGUGGCCGACCACGACGAAUGGGACCGCAACGAGCAGUUCGAGAUGUCCAACCAAUUUUCACACCGUCUCAACGAGCUCGAUGAUGCCGUCGGCUUCCGGUACUACUGGGUCUUCGUGCGGCACCCUAGGUGGCGCCCCGACGAGCCACCAUGGCAGCAGUGGACGCUCUCGGCCGAGGUCGCCGUCCAGGCCAGCAAGGACCAGCGGCUGGAUAAGUGGAGCCUCAUGGGCCGGUUUGGUAACUCGACACGCGAGCUGAUCACGCGCUGCGCGGCCUGGACGCGCCCGGACAUCCUAUAUGUCAAGCGUCCGCUGUACCAGUCGAGGUUCGAGCCACAGGAGGAAUUCUUCAGUCGGCUCCGCCCGUUGGUUGAUCCCUCAACCGAGAACCAGUUCUUGUUUGACCUUGAACAGGAUGGCAGGGUCAUUCAGACGACCUACUUCGGGGGCCUUUGCAGGAUUGUGAAGGCAAGCCCAAAGUCUUAUGUGGAUGAUGUUGUAAAUGCAUACUCGAAGCUGAGUGAGGCGGAUAAGUCAUGCUGUCUGGAGUUCUUGCUCACAAACCAUCCCAUGGAGCUGCUCCACCCAUACACCAAGGAGUGGAAAGUCAAGCUAGAGGAGAUGGAACUUGGGUGUGAUGCGCCUGAUGAGAGUGACGAUGAGGGUGGUGAUGAGAUUGGAAGUGAGAUCAUUGAUUGGGUUGAGGAUGAGGAGGUUGAUGUGAUUGAUGAUACCGAGGAUGAUGUAGACAACGACUAUGAGGAUGAGGAAGUGGUUGAUGUCAGUGAAGAGGUGGAAGCAGAUGAAGUAAUAGAAAGUAGUGAGGAGAAUGAGGACUACUGGGACGAGCAAUGGGAUAAAGCGAUGAAAAGUAAUGAUAAAAUGGAGAAACUGGUCAAGAACAGGGUUGAGAAAUCAUAUGAGUAUAAUAAGCGGCAAAUGCAACAGCAGAAAGAUAUGGAAUCGCAAAUGGGCACUUCCAAUACAAUGAUUAUGCAGCAGGAGCAGGCCGAGGAGGAUGAGAGGAAUGAUCGUAGCUUGGUUGUUGACGACAGCGGCUUCGGUGGCACGACGCAACCGCAAUGGAAAUACGACGAUCUGAAGUCAUGGAUAUGGCUGCAGAAGGCCAUUCACCCGGAGCUGGACUACGACAACAAGAAGAAAUGGGUGACACUGCGGGGCGCGGCGGCGCUGCGAGGGAGGCGCGGCGGCAGCGGCGGCCAUGGGCAGAGCGAGAGGGCGGACCAGGGUGGCACGGCGCCGUGGCAGGACGACCUGGACUUCGACUUCAACUACGCGAGGUCCAAGGCGGCGCUGGCCAAGGGCGACGAGCUGUUCGUCGCGAUGCCUGACGGCAAGUGGAAGCUGCACACGGUGUCCGCGGCCACGGACAGGAACGGCAAGGUCGUCCUCCGGAUCAAGAAGAUGAACUUGGUCAUGCAGGCCUUCUCCAACACCAAAGAAUGCGUGGUGGAGGACGUCCGGCCGUGCGCGCCGGAGAAGGCGAGCCGGGAGGGGGACGCGACGUACCCGGUGGAGGUGAGGACGAGCAGGGGCAAGGUGGAGCUCCGCGCCGACGACUACGCCGUGUACAAGAGGUGGGUCACCACCGUGACGCACAUGCUCACCUCCUCCACCGCCAUCACCAUGCGCAAUUAA